AAAGGCAGCAUUUAAAGAAGCAGCAGAUUCUUAGAAUCCACUAUCAGGAAAUUACAGCCAGUUUCUAGCAAAAGGGAGGAUUUAAAGAAGAAGCUUUUUAAAUCAAGAUCAUAAGUAUGGGAAAAUCAGCUUCCAAGCAAUUUUCAGGAGAAGUCUUAAGAGCCCACAAUGACUACAGGAAGAAGCACGGUGUUCCUUCACUAAAACUCUGUAAAAAAUUAAAUAGAGAAGCACAGCAGUAUUCAGAAGCACUUGCUAGCACAAGAAUCCUCAAACACAGUCCUGAAUCUAGCAGUGGAAAAUGUGGAGAAAAUCUAGCAUGGGCUUCAUACAAUCAAUCAGGAAAUGAAGUAGCUGACAGAUGGUAUAGUGAAAUCAAGAAUUAUAAUUUCCAAAGCCCUGGUUUUUCGUCUGGGACCGGUCAUUUUACAGCAAUGGUUUGGAAGAACACAAAAAAGAUGGGAGUUGGAAAAGCAGUUGCAAGUGAUGGCUCCACAUUUGUAGUGGCUAGAUAUGAACCUGCUGGCAACAUUGUAAAUUCUGGGCAAUAUGAACAAAAUGUUUUUCCACCAAAAAAAUAAUGGAAAGGAGCCUAUAUGGAAAAGAGGCUAUUUUUAACAGGUUAUAAAAAGGAAACUGGGAGUUCAUCUGAUUACAUUGGAUAAACCACUGUUGAAUGGUACUUCUGUCUUUUAAUUAUUGUUUCAAAAAAUGUUUAAUGGAGAAGCAGUUCUGUCUACAAAAUUAAUUCUUGUAUGGAACCAUUACUGAAACAUAAAGACAAUGACACAAGCCAACGUAUGGAACAUAUAUAUCAAGAAAUGUAAGAGCAAAAUAUAUUGAAAUAACAGAAUUAAAAAUAUAAUAUUUUGAUAUUAAAGUUUGUAAAUAUAUUUUAGAGGGUUUAUAUAAUUUCAUAUUUGUACAUAAAUUUCUUCUCUAAAAUAUAUUUGCAAACUUUACUAUCAAAAUAUUGUAAUUUUAAUACUGUUAUUUCAAUAUAUUAUAUUUUCAAGGAUUUCUAAAAAAAACAGUAAAGACUGAUUUUAAUGGCUUACAAAUGCUAUUCAUCACCAUAGGAAUUGAUUGUGUUGCAACAGUUUUAAAUAUGCUAAACUGAAUGUAAAUGAAAAAUAGCAUAUGUCCUAACAUAAAUUGCAUGAAAUGAUUUAUCUGGUGCUUCCACCUGGUGUUUAUGGAUAAGCAUGGACUGGUGUAGUAGGAUUGUAGGAAUUCUGAAAAUAUAGCUAUUUCCACAGAGCACAAAACCUAUGUAUCCCUUGGACUCUCGUCUGAUUUCUUUUUGCUAUUAUAUAAAAUGCAAAGACAGAAUAAACGAAUAGUUUCAUUUC